AUGCCCCUAUCCCUCACCGUCGUCAAGGAAGCCCCUGAAUUCUCAGAUAUCUGGCCUGUCCUCUUCGAAGCCUACCAAAAACCCUACAAUCCCUUCUUCAAACACUUUAACCCGAUCCAUACAACUGAACAAGCCGCCUUACAAGCCUCCAAAGAGCGCCAUAUCAAGCAGUGGUACGACGAUCUUAAGUGCCACUGGAUCAAAAUUACAGAUACCGAUACUGAGGACGUAAUUGGAGCAGCAUGCUGGCUAAUUCAUGAUCAGCCGGCGCUCGACGAAGUCCCUGGGCUAAUAAAUGCAUACUGGCAUGAAGAGGGAAGUGUGGAAAAGAGAUUUGCGGAGAAGUUGAUUGGAGAGGGAUUGGGGGGUUUUAUUACUAAGAGGAUGGCUGGAAAGAGAUAUUGUGGUAUUCCAGAACUCGACCAAAUCAUAGUGCACUCAAAACACCGCAAUCGCGGAGCGGCACGCAUGAUGAUCAAAUGGGGGACAGAUAUUGCUGAUGAGAUGGGAUUUGAAUGCGUGAUUGGGUCAACCCCAUUUGCAAGGGCGGCGUAUGAGAGGUGUGGCUUUACGAUGGCGGCUAUCAUCAACCCGGAUUUGGAUAUUGAGAGUCCUUGCGAGAGGUGGAAAGAGUACCAGAUGGAGGACUUGCAUGCGUAUAUGAUGUGGAGGCCUGUGGGGCAUGACUUUGUAAACGGUCAGGGUGGGAUUCCGUUUGAAGACAUAUGA